AUGGAGGCUUCAGCCAUUAGAGAACGAGCUGCCACUGUAGAAAGGGUCACAAGCAUAAUCGCUGGAAUCCUCUCUGGGGCUACAAAGCUUUUGAUCGGACAUCCUUUCGAUACAGUCAAGGUCCGAAUACAGUCCGAAGGAGGACUGGGCAGAUUCAAAGGACCACUUGACUGCUUACUAGCUACAGUUCGCCGAGAAGGGGUUUUCGCUUUGUAUAAAGGAGCUACUCCUCCAUUGAUAGGAUGGGGCUUAAUGGAUGCGACUCAGUAUUUCGCACUGGCCAAUUUUCGGCUCUUGUUGCAAGGAGGAGAUCCAAGUAAACCAUUGACAGUACCACAGCAUGCUCUGGCUGGACUAGGAGCUGGCGUGGUGGUGCCUCUUGUUGCGACACCGGUCGAACUUCUCAAGAGCAAACUGCAAGUGCAGUAUGACAAGGCAGCUCGUGUGUAUAAAGGGCCGAUAGAUUGUGCUAAACAGCUGAUACGGAAUAAUGGUCCUGCAGCACUCUGGUUUGGACUUGUGCCAAACAUUGCCUUCAGAUCAUGGUUUGCUGUCUUAUGGGGCUCGUUUCCGAUAUAUCAAGAUAUGCUGAGAAAGCUCAAAGUUCCUGAAGUCUCGGUGGCCUUUUGGGCAGGUGGAUUGGCUGCUCAGACAUUCUGGCUGUUUGCUCUUCCAGCGGAUGUCAUCAAAAACAGAUACAUGUGUCAACCAGACAUAAAGCCAAGAAGGUGGAAUAACAUGUUUGAAGUCACAUCCUAUAUAUACAAGACUGACGGUCUGAAGGGCUUCUUUAGAGGGUUUGUUCCUGUAUCAAUACGAGCCUUUCCCAUGAACAGUUGCGCCAUUUUCGUCAUGGAUUACACGAUGAAAACCGGACGAAGAUAUGGUAAUUAUUAG